CUUUUAUUUCCGAUCUCCGCUUCUUCAACCUCAGCUCUGUCUGCGCUACUCCCUUCAAAUUUCUUCCGUCUUCAUAUUGCUUUCCUCUGCUAAGGUCUCCCAUCCGCGAUCUUCGCCGACGACCCAGCCGCAGAGCCGCAACUCCAACACAGGCGACUCCAUUCUCUCCGGCGUGAAUCUUCUCUCCCCCGGCGGAUUUCAGAGAUUUUGGAACUGAUUCCCAGAAGAAUUUUGAUUUUUGGAAACCCUAAGUCCUAACAUAGUUGGAGCAUAGAGAUAUACGACUAGGAGCAAUGCCGCAGGUGAGGAUCGUCGCGAAGAAUUUCAUGGACAUGGUGGCUUCACUGCCCGCAGUGAAGCUCGAUAACCUCUAUAAUAACCCAUUCAUCUGUGAAGCCAUUAUCAGAUCAUUACCUCCCUUGGCAAAGAAGUAUGUGAUACAGCUGCUAUACAUAGAUUCACCCAUUUCAGCCAAGUUUUUUGAGGAAUGGGUACUUUCGGAUGGAUCCACUAAGCAUAAAGUAGCCAUUGAUAGAUUAGUACAGUUGAGGUUAUUGAGUGAAAUUUUUGACAGGAAAAAGGAUAAGUCCUAUCAAUUACAUCCAAAGUUCCAAUUCAAUCUUCGAAAGCACAUAGUCCAUGGUGGAGUUUUACCAAGAGAAUCAAUGCCUUCAAAUAUCACUGUGAGGCUCCCUACAUUAGAGGAAUUAGAUGCCUAUGCCUCAGAACAGUGGGAGUGCUUCCUUCUGCACCUUAUGAGCUCCACAGAGGCCGGCAAGACAAUAAACAUAAGAACUUCUAUGAUGAAAGUUUUCCAGCGUGGUCUUAUGAUUCAGAGAGAUGACCGAGAGCCGCCAAAAUUGACUGAAAGUGGAUUUCAGUUUUUGUUGAUGGAUACUAAUGCGCAACUUUGGUAUAUCAUCAGGGAGUACAUAACCAAUGCAGAGGAGAGUGGCGUGGAUUCUGCAGAUCUCAUAUCAUUUCUUUUGGAGCUGAGUUUCCAUGUUGCUGGAGAGGCAUACAACUCAAACACAUUAACAGAUGUCCAGCGAAGUAUAAUUAGGGACCUUUCUGAUCUUGGACUGGUCAAGCUACAGCAGGGACGAAAAGAAAGCUGGUUCAUACCUACCAAAUUUGCUACCAACCUCUCAACUAGCUUGUCAGAUACAUCAUCGAGGAAACAGGGAUUUGUUGUUGUGGAAACAAACUUCAGGCUGUAUGCUUAUUCCUCAUCAAAAUUACACUGCGAGAUCCUACGCCUUUUUGCUAGAGUGGAGUACCAGCUUCCAAAUCUCAUUGUAUGUGCGAUUACAAAGGAAAGCUUAUACAAAGCUUUUCAAAACGGCAUAAGUGCUGAACAGAUAAUUUCCUUCCUUCAACAGAAUGCACAUCCAAGGGUUGCUGAGAGAAUACCAUCUGUUCCAGAGAAUGUCACUGAUCAGAUUAGGUUGUGGGAAUCGGAUUUGAACAGGAUUGAAAUGACGCCAGCCCAUAUUUACGAGGAAUUUCCCUCUAGAGAUGCUUUCGAGGCUGCUUGUGAUUUUGCACGAGAAUAUGGAGGGCUGUUGUGGGAGGACUCGAAGCGAAUGCGUGUUAUCGCGAAAGAAGAAAUUCAUGCUAACAUGAAAGAGUUUGUUCGUCGAAAGCAAUAGGUGGUUUUGCUUUACUUUUAACUUUCAGAGUGUAAGUGUAUAUUUAUUUUUUCUUUGUGCCUUUAAUAGUGUCAUUUGGGACAUGCCUAGCCCCUGAGGCAAAUUUUAUAAUGAACCUAAAGUCCACGGUGCACCCACAGAUAAAGCUUUUAUGUUGGAAGGUCCGCAAAUUUUUUUGUGAGCCUUGGCUGCACCAAAGAAUCACUCACAUUUUGAAGUGUAUGCAUUUCUUUUUACAAAAAGUCUUAAAUAAUCCUAAUGUUCAUAU